AUGCCACGAAGAAGAUCAUCUAGUUCAAGCCGAAAAUCAAAUGAAAAAAAAAAAGCAAAGAAAAGAAAUAACAAAGGUGAAGAACAAAGAAAACUCGAACAAAAAGAAAAAGAUGAAUUAAAGGAAUAUCUUGAAGAAAAAAAGAAAUAUUUUGAAGAUGUAGACAAUUUUAAAUUAGAUACAGUUAUAGAAGAUCCUAAAAAGCCCUCUGAAAAUAAUGAAGAAACAAGUUUAUUUUCUUUUGAUAGACCAAACUUGUCUAGUCUUAUCAAUUCUGGAUUAAGUCGAGAAAGUAUUUCUAUUAUUCCACGUGAACCAGAAGAAGAAAAAAGUGAUGACUCAUUCAUUAAUAGACCUAAUGGAGAAAUUUUUCCUUCAAGAAAAGAAAUUCAAAUUGAGUCAAAAGAACUUGAUUAUAUUAGCCAAAAAUAA